AUGAAGCUUGUAAAGAAAUAUCACAUUAUACCGUAUGAGGAUGGUGCCGCUGUAGAGUCUGCCAAGCGUUUUUUAGAAGUCAUCCUAAAUGACAAUACACUUGAUGCGGAGACAAAGUGCCGAUUCUAUCAAGAUGUACUGUUUCGCAUUCGCCAACACAAGGAUUUGCCAAUUGUGAAUCAUGAAGUGCUAGAAAUUUUGAGGGAAAACUUUGCAAAGCAUGACGUGUCACGUAAGCGCACAAAUGACGAGGCGCCGCAUCCUGAUUCAAAAAAGAUCAAAGUGGAGCCGACAGAGUUUAAAGUAGAAGUCAAGACGGAGCCACCUCCUCCUCCUCUGGCUGCACCAGCUGCUGAGCCUCUUCCCGCACCACCAUCUUUUCCCGCACCACCAUCUGUGCCCGCACCACUUUUUGUAACACCAUUAGCACAACAAGUUGCCAAGCGCGCUUUUAAACGAACACGCCCCAUAUCUCAAGCCAAGGUACCGAAAAAACGUAAGAGGAUUGCUGACGUGCCUGCGGCAAGGAAAAGAAUUGGGAAGCGACUAAAAUGGGAACCAAAAAUUGAGCCAAAGGCAGAAAUUAGGGAGGCUCCAAAGGAGGAACCAAUUGCUGAUGAUCGUAUUGAGCCGGGGCCUUUGAAAGUUUUACGUUUCAGCAAAGAUUACCGCUUUAAACCCUACCCCGAUCAUAAACCUUUUAAGAAAUUGACUUUUAAACGGGAUAUCAAGCCAGAUGUCAAACCUGAUAUCAAGCCUGAUGUUAAACCUGAUAUCAAGCCUGAUGUUAAACCUGAUAUCAAGCCGGAUAUCAAGCCUGAUAUCAAGCCGGAUAUCAAGCCAGAUGUCAAACCACGGAUAAAGCGCAAAGUCGAGCCCGAUGUCAAGACACAAAAACGUGGUUUCAAAAGAUUGUACGUCCCUGAUGAGCGAGAUCUACCUCCGCCAGCAUUGAAGAAGCGGCCGAGUAGACGGGGUGUAAAGCGGCCGAGACAAGAUGUAGAGGUUGGCACCGUGCCAAAGAAACGUCGUACACUGCGUGGAUCGGGGAGCGUCGCGCCUGUAGGCUCGCGAAUUUAUUGCAGACUCUGGAAGUUUUGA